GGAAAAGGAGGGGCUUUGCCAAUGAGCUUACAGGUGGGCGUGGUCGGUAGCAGCCAAUGGGGCAUCGGCUCGCCUCUCCCCCACCGGUCUUCCCGCAGAUGACUGGUGGAUCAGUCUGACCGUGAGACCGCUCGAAAGCACACUCAGCAGGCAUAAGAUGCCUCGGCCGUGCAGGGAAUCGUACGGAGACCAGAAGCCGCCUUACUCGUAUAUUUCGUUGACGGCGAUGGCUAUCUGGAGCUCGCCGGAUAAGAUGCUGCCCCUGGCCGACAUCUACCGCUUCAUCAGCGACAGGUUCCCCUACUAUCGCCGCAACACCCAGAGGUGGCAGAACUCUCUCCGUCACAACCUCUCCUUCAACGACUGCUUCGUCAAGAUCCCGAGACGACCUGACAGGCCCGGUAAGGGAGCGUACUGGACAUUACAUCCUGCGGCCCUUGACAUGUUCGAGAAUGGUUCCUUGCUGCGACGAAGGAAGCGGUUCAAGUUGCUCAAGUCAGACAAGGAUCGACUAGAACACGAACUGGCUGCCCUUGCUAAUCUUCAACGACCGACGACAGAACGUCCUAGUUACGACCCGGCGGCUCCUGUACCCUGUGGAGUUCAACGCACUUCGCCACAGAGCCCCACCGUCGAACAGCCUCGGCCUAAGAGAUCCUUCGACAUCGAGAGCCUCAUUUCACCAGAACCGGUACCUUCGAGGGCAGUUGGAACAUCUUGCUACCCUGCGACCGUUUACCAGCCUCCUCCCCUCCAACCUCAGCAUUUCUAUCCACCGCCCUACAGGCCCUUCCUCACCGUAUGACCUUCUACUUACCGCCAUCCUUAGUGACCAUAGGGCUGUGUAGCCGUUCAACUGUUUCGGUGUCUUGCAGCGAUUCUCGAAAACUCCUUAUAUUAUUUAUUCAAUUUCGAAUCGUAACUACUCAUGUAAAAGAACCCUAUUUUCGAUUAUGAGUACGAAAUGACGUUUAGUCGUUAUUUAUUUCAACUAUAAUAAUGCUCUUACGGUUAGUUGUAUAAAGUGAUUUAACUGAGUAAAAAUGUCGGUCCGAGUUGAUUUAAUUUUUGUUCACUAUUACAUGUGGUGUAAUUGAAACAGUAUUUUCACUGCUGCUUUCAUACAUAAGGUCGAAAGCAAUUGAUUGGACACAUCAAUGUCACUAGGCUCGAAGUAUAUUAUUAAAAGGUUUGUAUAAAUGUAAAAAUUAAAGUCACUAUAAAUUAUAAAAUCCUAUUAAAUGGGAUUAAAAAGUCGUGUAUGUUAAAAUGAAGUUGCUAAAUAGUUGGGAAUAACUGAUGGCGGUAAAUAGGUAAACAAUUGGAAAUGUACGGACUGGACCGGCGGAGAUCUCAUUUGGAACAAGUUGCGGUGGCUGUGAUUGAUGCUCCUUGCAACAACCGCUCCUUGUAGAUUAAACAGGUAUACGAUUCUAUAUGUCUAAUUAGUAUACGUUCCUAGUUUAUUUAUGACUCCUUUCAACCAUUAACCGGUUAUAAAUAAAUAUCUUCACUUUUAAAAAGAGUGCUUGAAGCAAUCAUAUUUUUAUUGUCAUUUAGAGUUGUUAAAAAUGUGUAUACACUUUUUGUGAAGGAUAUAAAUGUCAUAUUUUGACAAAACAUUAUUAAAAUUAUUCUGUCCCAUGAUUAUCUAAUAAAUUUAGAUGAAAUUUAAUAAUAAUUUUAUGUUUUAUCUCGAUUGUGAUAUAAAUAUAUAUUCUUACAUAUAGGGGUAUGUGUGUGUGUGUAUUCAUUCACAUACGCGUAGACAUACAUGAUGUAUAUGUAUGUACACAUAUAUGUUUGUAUAAAGAUUUAAAUUGUUUUUUGUAUAGUAUAGAUAUAUAAUUUGUUUGAAUAUUUUGUAGAUAUGUGAUGUAUGUUCAUUUAAAGUUCCUUAGCACUGAAGGGCAGAUUUAUAG